GUUUAGACGUGUUUCUGUCGCAUAGCGCGUUUGGCGGCUAUACCGUUUUUAGAGCAUACACAUAAGUAUAUACUUUUUUUAGCUCUCGAAUUAAGUUUCCGCGUGAAUCGAAUGUUUAAUCUAACUCUAAAGAAGCUGGAAACGAAUGGCGGGAAUCUCAUUAGCGAAAUGUGAAAAAUAAGAAUAAUAGUGUAAAUUGAAAGUAAAACAUAAAAUAAUACUUAUUAUGCUUAUGGAUAAAGCAAAGCAAGUGAAGUAAAAAAAGAAGAAAAAAUAAAAAUUUAAUACUAUAAAAUGUUGAAAACUUGUUGGUGAAGAAAGUACAUCUUAUUGGAAAACAUAGGUUAAUGCGAUUUAUAGUGCGAUCGAUUGCGAUUAUUUUUCAUGAUAAUUUUGUUAUAAAUAUUAUUGCUGGAAAAUCAAUUGGCCACGUUUGUUUUGAUAAAGCCUCAAAAAUAAAUUUUUACGCCGCCUCAAGAGUAAAACUCCUUCGACAGCAACAACAACAACAGUAAAGGCGCUAACGCGAACGGAAGUGUACAAUGUUGACGUUGGUAAUUUGAGGUAACUAAUCAGAAACGGAAACGCCACCACUUAAGGCAACAACAAGAACAACAACAAGAACUCCAAGAAGAACCAACACAACAACUGCCAAGAUGAUUAAGUUUCGCUAUAAACGCAAAGAACCGGCUAGCAGCACAGCGGCCAAUAAAACAGCAACAACAACAACAAAAGCGCUGGAAGAAACGAAAGCCACGAAUAAAACUAACAAUAACAACAGCAAUAAUACUAAAAAUAGCGCCGCGGAAAAUAACAAGGAGGCCAAAACAGCUUCUGGGGUGACGGCGGCGGCGGUGGCAACGAAAGAGAAUUGCCGACCAAACCAGAAUGUGGUGACACAGCAGCAACAGCAGCAGCAGCAACAACAAAUGCAACAAUUUCAACAGCAAAUGGAACAAAAGCAAAUGCAACAACAGCAAAUGCUGCAGUUUCAGCAGCAGAUCCAACAACAACAACAACUCCAACAGCUACACAUGCAUCAGCAGCAACAACAACAUUAUUUGCAAGCAGCUACCAACUCCGUAACCAACCACAAUUUGCCUUUAAAGCCACAGCAUCCGCAACACGCCCAGCUGAUCAGCAACAAUGGCACUUUGCCGCGCAGUAGUCCGCGCAAAACAUACGACCCGCUGCUGGAUGGCUACAAAUCGGCAACGUUGACGCGUCAAACCGCCAGCAGCCGCAAAGUAUCCGCGCUGGCGAAGGUGGCGUCUACGGCGGAGUUGGCCGGCUGGGGCUAUGCGUUCGGUGGCAGCAUGAAUAAUAUAAUUAACGGUGGUGGCAACACAAACAACAACUACUAUUACAAAAAAAGCAACAGCAACGAGCACAUCUUCGGCAGCAACGACACUUUACUCUCGCUGACGGCCAAUGAAGUGUACGGCGAGCGAGAUCGUUGCAUAAAUGCGGUGAUUGAACUUUUCCAACAACUACAAACCAGCUCAGAGCCCGCCCUAUGUCCGGAGCCUUUGCGUCGCGCCUUGGCCAGUGGCCCUCUAGCCGGUCGUCGCUUUCCGCUCGGCUGUCUCGGCGAUGCGGCUGAAUGCUUCGAGCUGCUGUUACAUCGAGUGCACUCGCACAUUUCCGCCGACGACGGUGAUGCUUGCGAAUCGCAGGCAUGUGUGGCCCAUCGUCGCUUCGCCAUGCGCGUCAUCGAGCAGAGCGUCUGCAAGUGUGGCGCCAAUUCGGAGCAAUUGCCAUUCACUCAGAUGGUCCACUAUGUUUCAGCAUCAGCGUUGACCUCACAAAAUAGUUUGGCAUUGCAAAAUCAUCAGCAACUGACAUUUGGCCAAUUGUUGCGCGCCGCUGGUAAUAUGGGUGACAUCAGAGAUUGUCCGAAUGCUUGUGGCGCCAAGAUUGGCAUCUGUCGCGCGCUGCUUAAUCGGCCAGAUGUUGUUUCGAUCGGCAUUGUGUGGGACUCGGAGCGUCCUGCUGCCGAUCAAGUGCAUGCUGUGCUCAAAGCGAUUGGCACCAGUUUACGUCUGUCGGACGUUUUCCAUCAGGUAGCCGAACAUCGUUGGGCUCAAAAUGUACAACACGAAUUGGUUGGUAUUGUCUCGUAUUACGGCAAACAUUACACGACCUUCUUCUUCCAUACCAAACUCAAAGUUUGGGUGUACUUCGAUGAUGCAAAUGUGAAGGAGGUUGGCCCCAACUGGGAAGGCGUUGUCGAUAAGUGCAGUCGCGGUCGCUAUCAACCCUUACUUCUUCUCUAUGCUGUGCCACAACCACCCUCAGGUGGAUCACAAUUCGCGCCAGAGUCUAACCAAUCCACUAUUGUACGUCGCGCCAUCACACCAAGUCCCAUCACACCGGACAAACCGAAUCUGGGCAAUACCCGACGUGCCAUUACACCGACACCACUGCGUUCACCCAACGACUAUCAGAACCUGAGUGUCAUACAGAAGAAUAUCUUUGCAAGCGCACCGUCUGCCGCACCGAUCAAUAGCGAUGAGACCGACGCCUACAUAAGCCGCAAGACUGUGGAGCAUGUGUUGAAUGCACAACAGUAUCAGAAUUUGAGCGUCGUGCAGGACAAGAUUUUCGCCAAUAACGGCAGUGUGGCGACGAAUCAAACAGCUGAUGAGAAGGAUGCUGAUUCGCUGGCUCAUAAAAUUGGCAAAGUACUCAACGCCCAACUGGUGCGCAAGUAUCAUUUACAGUUGCAGCGCAGUCAGAGCGCUGAAUCUGGUCAUGUUAGUGGCUCUUCGAAUGGCUCGUCACCGCCCAGCGAUGGUCUCACCAUGCCCGAUCACUUGAAUCAGCCACGUCGUCGCGACUCGGGCAACUGGUCAGGCGAUCGCAAUAGCGCAAGCUCAGCUUCAUCCACCACUUUGGAUAAUCCCUAUCUGUACAUGGUGGGCAAGCGCAAUCCGCCGGCAGUACCACAAAGCCCCACACGCAAUGGAUUGCCUUACGAUCCCGGUUACGAUUCAUUCUCGCUUAGCUCUACCGAUUCGUAUCCGCCAAAGCACCAUUUAAAUCCACAACUCGCUAAGAUACCCGAGGCCGGUGCUUCCACAAUGCUCUCCGGUGACUGUGAAAAGCUCUGCAACGAGGCCGACCAACUGCUGGAGAAGUCACGGCUCGUCGAGGAAUCACACGACCUCGAAACCGCACUCGUGCUGUGCAAUGCUGCUGCCGGGCGCGCACGCGCCGCCAUGGAUGCACCCUACAGCAAUCCACACACCAUGACAUUUGCACGCAUGAAACACAAUACGUGCGUAAUGCGUGCACGCAGUCUGCACCGUCGCAUUUUAGUGGAGAAGGGCGCUGACAUGGACGCCAUGCCGGAGAUGAAGCACAUGCGUGAGGGCAGCAACAGCAGUGUGAAACACGUACGACAAAAUAGCAAAGACAAGACUUUGGACAAGACGCCAAUGCAGGUAAGCACCACAGCCGCCACCACAGCAGCAAAUAAAAGCAUUGAAAUCUACGCAACACUGCCGAAGAAGAAGAGCCCAUUGAAGGCAUUGGCAGCCGCGGUGGGUAAUGAUGAUAAUGCCAUCGAAUAUGAACCGCCACAACCGGUGUCCGCUAAGCCGGAACGCGAAAGCCGCUCGUUGUUUGGACGCAGCAGCAGCAAGUCGGAGAAGGAGAAGCGCAGUCGCAGUGAGGAUCGCAAUAAGCUGACGCGUGAGUUUUCGCUGACCGAAACUUUGUUGGUGAACGCGAAAGAUACGCUAAAAAAGCACAAAGAGGAGAAGGAUGAAAAGAAAGAGAAGGACAAGAAUGGCAAGAAGCAACAUAAAAUACGGCGUAAGCUACUUAUGGGUGGACUCAUACGUCGCAAGAAUCGCUCCAUGCCCGAUCUAACCGAGGCCGGAGAUGAUGCGGCAAACCAGAAAGAAGCACCUCCGCAACUAGCCACUUCAGUGGACGACAGCUCGGUGGGUUUGAAUGGCAAGAAUGGCAUGAGCGGCUACAUCUCGGAAGGUCACUUUGACUAUCGCGACUCGAACAAUGCCAAUCCGAAUUUAGAACGCAGCAAACUUAUGCGCAAAAGCUUCCACGGCAGUGGACGCCAAUUGACAGUCGUUGCUAAGGUCGCGCCACCGCCGCCUAUGCGCACCAGCUCUGCACUGACACAACAGCAGCUGCAGCAACAAUUGGCAUUGCAGCAGCAACAGGACGCAGCGGUACUACAACAUUUUCACCACGAGGCGAAUCUAUCCAAUAUUUCCGCAAUGAGUUCCAACACUUCAAUCAGUGAGGACUCGUGCCAAACCAUCAUUACGACCUGCGCGCAGGUACACAACGAACAGAGUCCGCUCAAGGACAGCUUGUAUCAGCCAUCGAACAUCGUGGGACAAUAUCAGCACCAUAACGGUUAUACUGCUACAGCGAUCGAUCUUGGUAGAGAUGAAGUAGACGGCAUUGCUGGCGGAGGAAAUGGUAAUGGCAGAGGAAGCAGCAGUAAUCCAAGCGAAGUACCACUAGAAUUGCCGCCAUAUCCAAGCCCACCGCAGUCGGUGUGCCACUCGCGACAGGCCAGCGAAGAUUUCCCACCGCCGCCACCGGAAAUCGAUCUCGAACCGCUAAAUCAUCAGAUCAAUCAGAUUCAAGUGCUUGAGGCAAACAAACAACAACGCAAUAUGGAGACGCUGGAGGGCACCUCCAGCAUAUUGGCGCAAUUGCAGCAACGGCACCAAUUGAUGAAAAUGCGUAAAGAGCAGGCUACGCCGACCAGCGAACCCUCUACCUGGCUAAAAGAAUUACAGGCCAAGCAAACUGAUCUCAGAAAUGCGCAACGUGCCACAGACUCACCAGUCGCGCACUUAACACAACAGUCCAAUGGCGUACGCGAGUUAGCUCAUCGUUUCGAACAGUCGAAAUCAGCCGGCGCCAAUGAACAGCAGCCACUGCGCUCCUACUCAUCACAAGAACUGUUGCUCAAUGCAACAAAGCCACAAAUUCGCACACAAAUGAAUGGCUUACCGCCACCGAAUCACCAUGUCAUGGCGGCGACACCCACACCAAGCACACUGCCACCCAAACCCGAAUCGGAUGAAGUGGACUGCGCGCCACAACGCUUGCAGCGCCUACCGCCGCACCAGGUGUUGCCCAAGCCGAAAUACGAAGUGACGCAAUCACAGAUCGCCGAGGAGCUGCGUGAGGUGGAGAUGCUCAAUACAAUGGUACAGCAAACGCUGAACAAUACGCCAGCCGUGCAACAACAGCAACCGCAGCCGCAACAGCAACAGCAGCAAGCCAUACAACAAAGUGCGGCCACCGCUACAGUGCCAAAGCGCGUCAAGAAGAAAAGCGUAUCUUUCUGCGAUCAGGUGAUACUUGUGGCAACAGCGGACAAUGAGGAAGACGACGAUUUUAUACCGAAUCCGAUUCUAGAGCGCGUUUUGCGUACAGCGCAAAAUCCCAACGAUAAAGUAACGGCGCAAAUGAUACAGCAACAGCAACAGAAUAUCAUACGACUGCCAACGGAAGCACAACCGCGCAUCGUGCAGCCCCUGCCGCCUCCAGUUCAGCAACAACAACAACUACCACCGCCACCCACUUUGGCGCAACAGUCGCCAAUGUUGGGCGGCGAUCGGCGCCCGGUGCCUUUGCAGGGGCAAGAGAUGCAGCGCUACGUGCAGUUGCAACGCCCACAGCUGGAAGCGCUGCGGCAACAACAACAGCAAAUUCAGCAACAGCAGCAGCAGCAUCAGCAGCAACAACAACAACAGCACCAGGCUGCUGUACCAUACAUGCAAGCGGGUCAGGUGUACACGCCCAUGCAGGACAUUUAUCGUAUGCAACAACACCAACAGCAACAACAAUACACUUCACAGCUGCCGCCACCACCGCUGCCACCGGCACAUCAGCAGCACGCACAAUACGAUGAGCGUAUGCAUGUCAACAAUCUCAACAACAACAACAACAAUCAUGUUUUGUUGCCGGCGCGCACUAGCAUGAGCGGCAUCGCUAAUGUUGCCACGCAGCAACAUAUGCAGAUGCUAGCAGCUCAGCAGCAGCAGCAACAGCAACAACAUUUGGACGCGCAAUCGAGCUAUGUGAGCAUACCGCGCACACACAUGAAUCACCAGCAGCAGAGCUACUCAGUGCAAUUGCAAAAGCACCAACAACAUUUGCAACAACAGCAACAGCAGCAACAACAACAACAAAUGCCAUCGAAUGCAGCCUACUAUCCGGGCGUGCCAGGUCUGGACGCGCCACCACUGCCCUCACCCUAUCAACGCGUGCCGCUACCGCACGGAUACCCCGCUAGCGAACAAUUUCCCAGCAACAACAUGCCGAAGCCACAACAUCCCUACCCAUCACCGACAACAGCACAAAACACAACUGCCGCGCCCUCGCCUUACUUUCCUUUGCCACAGAACUCAGCCGCCGCACUGGCGAUGAGCGCCAACAGCCAACCACAACACACCAAGGCAUCACAUCAGAAGAAGGUUAGCUUUGAGCCUGGCACCAAAGGUGAAACGGACUCGCUGUGCAAUGGCAGCAACAAUAACAACAACAGCAGCAGCAACAUGUCAGCGGCGCUACCACCGAAACCGAUGAAUCUCACCGCCACCAACGCCAACGUCAACAACAGCACAGCCGCAGCGCAACAAAAUGGGCUGCCCGCGGUAAUGGCGAUGGCAGCGGCUGCGGCAGCCGACAGCAGCGUCAAUGUGACUGCAAUACCGACACGCGUCUACAACAACGCCAUCGUCAAGGCAUCCGCCAAGGCGGUGGAAUGCAAUUUGUGCCGGAAGCGGCAUGUGAUCGCGCCCGCCGUCUACUGCACCAAUUGUGAGUACUACUUGCAGAUGUUGAACAGUCGACGGUAAGAAGGAAGAUGGUCGGUCGCUGGCACCGGCAGCAAAAUGUGAAAGUUUGCAAGAUGAAAGUGCGGAAGUGUGGCAGCGCAGCGAAGCUGCGGCAAUGAUAAACAAAAAUCGCUGAGCGAAUUUAGGUUGUUUACGAUUGCAUUUCCAUAGAAUUAAGAAAAUAAUUGUUGGUUUUGUAGUUGUAAAAAUUUUUUUUAUAUAGUAGUAGCUUAAUAGUAGAGUUUAGUGAAACUAUGAAAUCUCAAACGAAGUUGCCGCCCAUUACAAAUUAGUUGGUGCAAUUCGAUAGACAUACAGACAUUUUGAAGUUUGCUUCAGAAAGUGAAGGUAAGUAUAUGGCAUUGUUUUCAUACCUACAUGUCAGCCUGCAUGCACAAACGCAUACAAAAACGGUCUACUUGUACUAUAUGCACAAACUUUAAACUGUGUGGCUUUUGAACAAUUUUUGGAAAUUUGAAUUGACGCGAACUCUCUUUCUCAGCUUUUCCUCCAUUGCAUGCAAUUCCUUUAAGGUUCUACAUAAAUCACAAUUGGCAAUAGUUUUGAUUCAAAAAAAGAAAAAUAUUGAGCAAUUAAUUGAUUACAACAAAAAUUUGCUUGCAAAUCUGGCGCUACUUUUAAAAGCUUUUAAGUCUUUGUCUACUCAAAAAUAAACUACUACAAAAAAGAUAAAAAUUUACUUAACUCUUCCAUUUCGUUUAACAAAUAAUGUAGAAAUAUGCUUACAUCGAAUAUUUUUAAAUAUAUUAAAUAUCAGUUAGACGUACAUAUAUGCUUACGCAUUUAGAAAUACACACGCAUUUACAUACAUACAAACAAUACAUUUAAAGAAAUUCAUGAAAAUCUCAUACAUUAAACCCAUCUAAUCGUUGUUUAUACAAAAUUACAAUAAUUAUUAUCUUGUAUUCACAUAUACAUACAUAUAUUAAGCGCUAAAUUACUACAUACAUACGUAUAUAUUAGCAUAAUUAGUCGCUAGUUGCAGGCGUUGCGCUUGGGCGUGGGGCUGUCGAACGGCCACCAGCCCCCAGCGCAUGCAUUUCACAAAAUAUUUUUAUUUUAUGUUUACAAAUAAAUUUUACUUAUCAAUAUUGCGUAUAUAUAUAUAUAGAGCUACUGCGUAUGUGUGUAUUUGUUUUAUGAUAUUUACAUUUUUUUCUUUUGUAAGUUUUAUAAUGUUUUUCCCCACAGAAAAAAAAUAUUGAAGAAGUAGAACAGCUGCAGCUGAAAAGAGAUGUCUUCAUCCAACUAAAAGAAAAACACAAACAAUAAUAAUCAU